AUAGCAACCGCGUCUGCACUUUCCGAGUUAUGUCCGGUUCUGAAGUUUAUAAAAUAUCAUUUAUAUUUCCAAAUCAAGAUAAGUAUGAUGGUGACUGUACAAGAACACCUGAUGGAAUUCUUGAGAGAAAUGGAUAUGGAGUUCAUACAACUGCAGGUGGAAUUAUUUAUCGUGGAACAUGGAAGAACGAUAGGAUGAAUGGUUUAGGAAGGCUAGAACAUCCUUCAGGUGCCGUUUAUGAAGGCGAAUUCAAGAACAACAUGUUACAUGGAACAGGAACUUAUAUAUUUCCCAAUGGAUCCAAAUAUACUGGACAAUUCAAUGAAAAUAAGGUGGAAGGGAAAGGAGAAUUUACAGACACCCAAGGGCUGGAAUGGGAUGGCACCUUUCACUAUACAGCAGCACCAGGGCUGAAGCUAAAGUUAGAAAUGUAGACUGGUUUGGACUGAUAGAGUGAAAUCAAAUCUCUGUUACAGAGUUUUCAAGCAAAUUGUUUUACAUAUAGUUUAAUAGAGACAAAUUACUGUUUUUAAAAAUAAAGUUUAAACAGGUAAAAUAAAGGUCUAUUUAUUUCUUUAGCUUUCAGAACAUCAUCUUUUUCUCUUUAUUUAAUUGUACACAUUGUAUAUAUAUAAAAUAAUACAUAUCAUUUUAUAUUUAGCAUGCUAAUGUUUAAAAAUGUUUUCUAAUAAUUAUAAAAAUUCAAUAUUCAAUAGUUCAAUAUUAGCAGUUGAGAUAUUUGGGAAGAAUAGGAAGUAUGCAAAACAAAGUAAAAUUUAAUUGAAUCAAUAUACUGCAUGUAUAUAAAUAAGUGGUUUAAA